AUGGUAUGCUUGUAUUUAGCUUGGGGGGAGAAGUGUGACGUGGGGGUUUUCUAUGAGGAUUUUUUGAUGCUUGUUGGUGUUGAUCUUCUUGCCACUUCAUGUGCUUGUAUAUAUGAUGAUGAGUUUAUGAUUGUUUUGAAUCAUCACAAAAAUAUUCUCAAUGCCCCAUAUACUGCUGAUGAGGUGAAGAAUGCUCUCUUCUCUAUUCCAGGAACUAAAGCUCCUGGACCAGAUGGUUUUGGUUCUUAUUUUUAUAAAGAUGCUUGGCAUAUUGUUGGAGAUGAGGUAAUUGCAGCAAUUCUAGACAUGUUACAGAAUGGGAAACUCUUGAAGGAAGUAAACCAUACUGCUAUCACUCUCAUCCCCAAGACUAAGUGUCCAAAGGAUGUGAGUGAAUUCAGACCAAUAUCCUGCUGUAACACUAUUUAUAAAUGCAUUACAAAGGUUCUCUGUGGGAGAUUAAGACAAGUGUUACCUGACCUUAUUCUGGAAAAUCAAGGAGGAUUUGUUCAUGGAAGGUUCAUAGUGCAUAACAUAAUGGUUGUGCAAGACUUGGUGAAGCAUUAUGGUAGGAAGGGAGUUAAACCUAGCUGCCUCAUGAACAUUGAUCUUCAGAAGGCAUAUGAUACAGUUGAUUAG